AUGAGUAUGCCAAAGUUGACCGGGUCCGCCAACCGGUUCGGCGGUCGCCUAUCUGCUUCGUUUCGAAAUUCCUCCCCGCUCGCCGAGGCUCUCGCACGCGACAUUGAAGAGUGCUCCGAUGACGAUGUCGACCAGACUGCCGUCGAGGACGGCCUUGUCGGCAGUCACGAUCAGCACUAUGGCAGCCUCAGUAAUACAAUGUACCGCCGCCCAUCCGGCGUUGCCUAUGGCGCGUCCCGUCCCGUCUUCGACCACCGCAGCCCCGAUGAGCCUGCCAUGACGCCGCAGGAGCACAAGCAAUCCCGCCACGCCGAGCGCAGUCUGCUCCGUGACAACCACAUCCUACCGCCCAAGCGCCAGCAUCGCAGUCAGGGUCUUGUUGCCCGCAUAUACCGUCGUUUGUUCAGCACCAAGGUGUCCGCUGACGAGGACCACAUCACUGACCCCAACGUCCCUCAUCGUAUUCAGGAUGAGACCGCGCCCUUGCUCCAUGGCCGUGGCGGCGAUACCACACCGACCGAUAGCGACAGUGAAGACGUGGAACAGCAAUGGGUCGACGCCGUUGCCAGCGGCCGCAUCCGCACCACUUGGCAGCGCGAGACCAAGACUGUCGUCACCUACUGCAUCCCUCUCAUCACAACAUUUGCUCUACAAUACUCGAUUAACGUCGCCAGUAUCUUUGCCGUCGGCCGAAUCGGCAAGAUGGAGCUUGGUGCAGUUUCUCGUAAGUCUCGUCUACCCGCCAGGCGUCGUCGCCCAUUCCAUCUUCGAUUCCAGCUAACCCCCCCCGCAGUGGCCAACAUGUCGAAUGCGAUAACCUGUCUGGCUCCUUUCCAAGGCUUGGCAACGAGUCUCGACACCCUCUGCGCCCAAGCGUAUGGCUCUGGCCACAAGCACCUUGUCGGUCUACAGUGUCAGCGCAUGGCGCUCUUCCUACUUUCCUUGUCUGGUCCCGUCAUUCUGAUCUGGUGCUUCUCAGAGCAAAUUCUGGUGCGACUCGUCCCAGAAGCCGAGACAGCUCGCCUAGCUUCCAUGUAUCUCAAGGUUUGCAUUGCUAGCAUACCUGGCGUAAUCCUGUUCGAGUGCGGUAAACGCUUUACCCAGGCACAGGGCCUCUUCCGUGCCACGACCUAUGUUCUCCUCAUCGCCGCACCCUUCAACAUAUUUAUCAACUGGCUGCUCGUAUGGAAGCUCGAAUAUGGCUUCAUUGGCGCUCCCAUUGCUGUUGCCAUUACCGAGAAUUUACUCCCCAUCCUCCUCUUCCUCUACAUCCGCUUCGUCGACGGUCGUCAGUGCUGGGGUGGCAUGAGCCGCCGCGCCUUUUCCAACUGGGGCGUCAUGAUCAAGCUUGCGCUGCCCGGCAUGAUUAUGAUUGAGGCCGAAUGGCUCGCUUUCGAAUUCAUGACUCUUUUUGCUAGUCGCUUCGGCUCCGAGUACCUCGCCGCCCAGAGCGUCCUUGGCACCCUCACCAGCAUCUCGUAUCAGAUCCCCUUCCCCAUGUCCAUUGCCGCCUCGACCCGCGUAGCCAACCUCAUCGGCGCCGGUCUCGUCGACGCCGCCAAAAUCACGGCCAAGGUCACCUUCUGGCUCGCCGCCUCCAUCAGCAUCUUCAACUUUUUCGUAUUUGUCCUCUUCCGCUACCAGCUGCCCCUUCUCUUCACCAACGACAAGGAGGUCAUCGGCCUGGUUGCUCAGGUCAUGCCCGCGGUAGCCAUCAUGCAAGUCUUUGACGGCCUCAGCGCCGGCGCGCACGGUUUGCUGCGUGGCAUCGGCAAGCAGGCUAUCGGCGGCCCCAUCAAUCUCAUCGCCUACUACCUCGUGUCCCUACCACUAUCCAUCGGUCUUGCGUUUGGCCUCGGCUGGAGACUCGAAGGUCUGUGGAUUGGUGUAACGGCAGGCCUGCUGAUUGUCACCGUUAUCGAGUACCUCUACCUUUGGAAGACGGACUGGAGUUCGGCCGUCGACGAGGCUGCCAACAGAAAUGCUACCGGCUAA